CUUACCCGUUUUGUCUUUCCCUCAAAAGCCCAAACCAAAAAGGCAGAAGUUCCUCGUUGCUGCCCAUUGUCUUGUCUUUUCAAUCGUUCUCUCGGCACUCACAAAACCACUUUUAAAACUUUGAAAAGACCACACUCUCUACCCUACUGCCACUUUCCCUUAACGGUUGUACUUCGAAGUUUCUCAUUUACCCUUUUUAAAUUCUUUAAAACUUGGGUUUUUUUUUUCCAUUAUCAAGAUCUGUAAAUUCAAGAUUUUGGGUCAUCAAUGGAGGAAGAAAAAGAUGCUUUUUAUGUUGUUAAGAAGGGAGAUGUUAUUGGCAUUUACAAAAGUUUAAGGGAUUUAGCAGAAGCUGGAAUUUCAGUAUAUGAUCCUUCCUUAAGGGUAUAUAAAGGAUAUGGUUUGUCAAAGCAGGCUGAGGUGUACCUUGGUUCUUGUGGGCUGAAGAAUGCUGCCUAUUCCAUCAGUGCCUCUGAUGUUAAUGAUAAUACCUUCGGCAAACUUGUUCCUUGCCCUCCUCAGCAACCAACUUCUGUCAGAGGAAACACAUCCAACACGGAUCCUUCACCAAAUAGACAGCAGCAAAUACUUGGAAAGGAGCUGGUUGGAUCAACCUCACAUUUCACUGAUCCUAGGUUAAAUCAUAUGAACUUCGCUAAUCAAGUUGAAACUCAAAUGAUGUCCUCUAAUCCUCAAUCCUGUAUUGUUGAGUUUGAUGGUGCCUCUAAAGGAAAUCCUGGACCAGCUGGUGCAGGAGCUGUUUUACGUGCUGAAGAUGGAAGGGUGGUCUGUCGAUUGUGUGAAGGUGUCGGCAUUGCCACAAACAAUGUGGCUGAAUAUCGAGCUGUCAUUCUGGGGAUGAAGUAUGCUCUUAAAAAGGGGUUCAAACACAUUCGUGUACAAGGAGACUCUAACCUUGUCUGUAUGCAGGUUCAGGGACGGUGGAAAAUUAAAAGUCAGAAUUUAGUUGAGUUAAAUAAAGAGGCAAAGGAGCUCAAGGAUAAGUUUAUGUCAUUCCAGAUCAACCAUGUUGGCAGGGAAUCUAACUCCGAAGCUGAUGCUCUCGCAAACCAAGCAGUUAAUCUUAUGAAUGGUCAAGUUCAAGAGGAUUGGAUUGGACCAUAAGGUAAACCUGAAGUUUACGCAGCACCAUGGAAGGUGCUCAGAUCUCUGUAUCUUUACUGGUUCACCGGCAAAUUUGUCGCUGCCCUCGCUUGGACUGACAUGUUUUUUUGUACAUUCGCCGGUGAAAGUGUGUGAGACAUAUUAGAUUUGCUGUAAUAUAUUGACUAAAGUAGUUUUUAUGAUGACUAACAAUGUUAUCAGAACAUCAUUCAACCCUUUCAAUUAAACUGUUGCUUGGCCAGCAUAAAAUCAAACCAUCCUUUGAGCCAAAAUUUGUCCAUGUUUAUCAUGAAAUGUGAAUCAUUCUCAUCCAACUCUUACGAUGU